GCGGGUAGGGGCGUCUGCCCUGCCGCCAGCGCCCCGGGCCCUCUGGACUCGCGUCCCUGGCUAUACCCUGUGCGCGCUCGAAGCCCGGGUGCAGCUUGCACUUGGCCUUCGUUCCCCGGCCCGUGGCGCCGGGCGGGGCAGCCGCGGGACCUUUCCGGAACUUUCCUGGGGUGGGGGUGAGCUCGCUCUCCCCGCCUCCAGCUUCCGCCCAGGGCCGGGCGGGCGGGCCCCAGCAGAGGCGAGAGCCCUCGUAGGGAGCGGCUGCUUUUGCUGCGCCAACGCUGUGGCCGGAGGCUCUGCGCACCCCUGGCCUGAUCCAGCCUGAAGAUGACCCCGCUGGCCGCUGUGGUGUCUGGCCCCCGUGUCCGACUCUUUGCCUGCUUCCUCAGGCUGGGCUGUCAGCAGACCAAACCACUUCAGCUUCACACAGGAGCCAGCCUCGCAGCCAAGAACCACUAUGAGGUGCUGGUGCUGGGUGGGGGCAGUGGUGGGAUAACCAUGGCUGCCCGCAUGAAGAGGAAAGUGGGCGCAGAGAAUGUGGCCAUCGUUGAGCCCAGCGAGAGACAUUUCUACCAGCCAAUCUGGACCCUGGUGGGAGCUGGUGCCAAACCAUUAGCCUCAUCUGGCCGUCCCACAGCGAGUGUGAUUCCAUCUGGUGUAGAGUGGAUCAAAGCUAGAGUGGUUGAUCUGAACCCAGACAAGAACUGCAUCCACACAGACAACGACAAGGAGAUUUCCUACAAAUACCUUAUCAUUGCUCUCGGAAUUCAGCUGGACUAUGAGAAGAUCAAAGGCCUCCCUGAAGGUUUUGCCCAUCCCAAAAUAGGGUCCAAUUAUUCAGUUAGGACGGUAGAGAAGACAUGGAAAGCUCUGCAGGACUUUAAGGAGGGCAAUGCCAUCUUUACCUUCCCUAAUACUCCAGUGAAGUGCGCCGGAGCCCCGCAGAAGAUCAUGUAUUUAUCAGAGGCCUAUUUCAGGAAGACAGGGAAGCGAUCCAAGGCCAAUAUCAUUUUCAACACUUCUCUUGGAGCAAUUUUUGGGGUCAAGAAGUAUGCAGAUGCCCUGCAGGAGAUUAUCCGGGAGAGGAACCUCACCGUUAACUACAAGCAAAACCUCAUUGAAGUCCGAGCUGAUAAACAAGAGGCUGUUUUUGAAAAUCUGGACAAACCUGGAGAGACCCAAGUGAUUUCAUAUGAAAUGCUUCACGUUACACCACCAAUGAGCCCACCAGAUGUCCUCAAGACAAGUCCUGUGGCUGAUGCUGGCGGCUGGGUUGACGUGGAUAAAGACACUCUGCAGCACAAGCGGUACCCAAACGUGUUUGGGAUUGGAGACUGCACCAACCUGCCAACGUCAAAGACCGCUGCUGCUGUAGCUGCCCAGUCAGGAAUACUUGACAGAACAAUUUCUCUGAUUAUGAAGAAUCAAACACCUGUGAAGAAGUAUGAUGGCUACACGUCGUGUCCGCUGGUGACUGGCUACAACCGUGUUAUUCUCGCGGAAUUUGACUACAACGCUCAGCCCCUGGAAACCUUCCCCUUUGACCAGAGCAAAGAGAGGCUUUCCAUGUACCUCAUGAAGGCUGACAUGAUGCCGUUCCUGUAUUGGAAUGUGAUGCUAAGGAUGGGGAAGAAUGAGACAAUACAUAAAGAGACAGCUACAUGGGGUUACUGGGGAGGACCAGCCUUUCUGCGGAAGUUGUUCCAUCUGGGUAGGAGCUAAGGAUGGCUCAGCUUCUGGAUGGCUUGGAGGAUGACCAUCCAUCCUUGGAUGGCUCCCGGACCAAAAUCACAGCCACUGAUUGACCGCGAGCAGCAUGAAGAACUCAAAACCUAACCCCGUAAAGAAUUUACUGCUGGCUGAUGGUGACCAGAUGCCUCCCUUUUCAGUCCCUCUGGACAGCCACCAUGCAGGCUGCCCAGGAUGAGCUUGAUUCUUUAGAAAUACGCAAAUGAAAGAAUAGACUUCUAUUUUUUAAAUAAAAGCUUGCCAUUGAUUGACAUUCUGUGAGAAAA